AAGUCUGCGCAGGCGCGCCCCGCUAACGAACAGUCGUCAAUGCGCAGGCGCCCACCUUAGUUGGUCUUCUCGUCCUGUAAACAGAGGGGCUUGCCGCCGAGGUGUUCUGCUUCCGGGUCACGCUUUGACUGCGGCUUUCCACACCCCGCUCAGCCUAGCAAUUCGGCAGUUUGGAGCAUGUGAACACCUUGAACCUUGAUGAGUUCCAGUAUGUGGUAUAUUAUGCAGAGCAUUCAGAGCAAAUACUCUCUUUCGGAACGCUUAAUCCGAACAAUUGCUGCCAUCCGUUCCUUCCCACAUGAUAAUGUAGAGGACCUCAUCAGAGGGGGAGCAGAUGUGAACUGCACCCAUGGCACUCUGAAGCCCUUGCACUGUGCCUGUAUGGUGUCAGAUGCUGACUGUGUGGAGUUACUUCUGGAAAAAGGAGCCGAGGUGAAUGCCCUGGAUGGGUAUAACCGAACAGCCCUCCACUAUGCAGCAGAGAAAGAUGAGGCUUGUGUGGAGGUCCUGCUGGAGUAUGGUGCAAACCCCAAUGCUUUGGAUGGCAACAGAGAUACCCCACUUCAUUGGGCAGCCUUUAAGAACAAUGCUGAGUGUGUGCGGGCUCUCCUAGAGAGUGGGGCUUCUGUCAAUGCCCUGGAUUACAACAAUGAUACACCACUCAGCUGGGCUGCCAUGAAGGGAAAUCUUGAGAGUGUCAGCAUCCUUCUGGAUUAUGGCGCAGAGGUCAGAGUCAUCAACCUGAUAGGCCAGACACCCAUCUCCCGCCUGGUGGCUCUGCUAGUCAGGGGACUUGGAACAGAGAAAGAGGACUCUUGCUUUGAGCUUCUCCACAGAGCUGUUGGACAUUUUGAGUUGAGGAAAAAUGGUACCAUGCCACGGGAGGUGGCCAGAGACCAGCAGCUGUGUGAAAAACUGACUGUUCUGUGCUCAGCUCCAGGAACUCUAAAAACACUCGCUCGCUAUGCUGUGCGCCAUAGCCUGGGACUCCAGUAUCUGCCGGAUGCAGUGAAGGGCCUUCCACUGCCAGCUUCCUUGAAGGAAUACCUGUUACUUUUAGAAUAGCCCGGAGAAGAUGUUUGCACCAUCAUGCAGGCAACUCUGGGUGAGGUUAUACCUGCAGUACACUUUGUCAGAGAAAACAGAAAAACAGUUGUUCCUGUUGUGUGGUUUAUAGAUUUUGAAGCAACAUGUCACAGUAGUAACCUCCAUACCACCUCCCCUCCCCAAACUGAACAGCCAAACAAAAAAUUCCCUUCCUUUUAUUUUCUGUUUAUUGCUUACUUGGCUUUUUAUAUUGCCCUUUGCAAAAGAAGAGGUCUCCCUCAAUCCUCCCCUUAGGAGCGAAGUCAGCAGUGCAACUAAAUUUCUCUAGGAAGAUGGAAAGUACUUAAAGCAUAUGUGUGUGGUUUUCCUUUGGGGACAUGGUUAAUGGUCCAGAAGAAUCCCCUCUAGAAAGCAUUUUAGGUCAAGUGCAGUGGCUCAUGCCUAUAAUCAAUCCCAGCACUUUGGGAGGCUGAGGUGGGCAGAUCACCUGAGGUCAGCAGUUUGAGACCAGCCUGAUCAAUACGAUGAAACCCUGUCUCUACUAAAAAUACAAAAACUAGCUGGGUGUGGUGACAGGCACCUGUAAUCCCAGCUACCCGGGAGGCCGAGAGAGUAGAAUCACUUGAACCCAGGAGGCAGAGGCUGCAGUGAGCUGAGAUUGCGCCAUUGCAGUCUAGCCUGGACAACAAGAGCGAAACU